AUGCCCGGAGUUGAUGUCAUUUCCCACCAUACCUCCGCCUUGGUGUCGCUCUUCUGCCCCGUAUUGUCUUGGGAAGAUGCACGUUGGUCCGGCGCUUCUGCCCCCUUGUCUCUUCUGUCUCCCGAGUCUCGCAAACGGCCGUGGGCACAUAGGUGUGGUAUCCGUACACAUACCACGGGAUCUGCACGAUGGCAUCCAGCCUCCUGGAAACGCCGUCAUCUUUGUCUUGCGGGCAUCAGAAUAAAAGGUGGAAAGAAUGGAUCAACCGGGUCACUUGGUGGAACGGGAGCCGAGGGAAGCGCAAAGACUACGGAAGACAACCGACAGUCCACCGCGGUCAGAUCUACUGGGCUGAUUACCAAAGCUGGUGAAUCAAACCAGCCGAAACAAUGGCAUUUCUCUUUCUCUCACACGACCGGCGAUCAGUGCACCGACCAGGGUGGGUGGCGUUUUGGCCUUGCGGCCUUGCGGCACAUUGAAAGAGUGGGGUCUUCUUCCGGAAUCACUUCCGCCGGUUUCCGGACCACCGGCGCUGGUGAGAUCCACUCGGUGAAGCUUAGACGCCUGAGAAGCCACACCGAUCCCCCGCAGCCGAGCAAUCAAAUUCCCUCGAGUCCGCGGUACAUCAGCGCGUGA